AUGUCUCGCGAAAUCCUCCUGGUAGUUUACCAUCAAUCCCUGAACACGCCGGCGCACUGGACUAUGUUCAUCCCGAACAGCGACGGAGAUGUCCAGGGGAAAAAGAUCCAUGCCGUAGGAAACCCCUUCCAAGGCUACCAGCUUGAAAUCGCAGAGUACGACAUUUCGAAGGACGGACGAAAAUAUGAGAUAAUCUCCCUCGGGACUAUAAAUGAUAACGGGCUAUCCCAACUCGAUACUAAGGCUCGGAGUAUUCCAGCACCUGGCGUUAGCAAGAAUCCAUUGAAUCGAUUCGAGGUUGAUAAUUGCCAAAGCUGGCUCAAGCGUUAUGUUGAUUUACUAGUUAAAGAUGGGGUGAUGGCCCAGCCGGCUCGUGAUGCGCUUGAUAAUGCUCCGAGAAUAUAA